AUGGGCUAUCUGAAGCUUUUAUUGGAUUCCGGUUCUUUAAAUCUUAGGGAAUCAGCAGCAGAACUUGGGUCUUACCUCUUUCGUGUAGAACUGAUCUCACUCGAAAGGAUCAAUCUUCAAAUAUUUCAUCUACGAGGGGAAAGUCUCGGUGAUACUUUUUUAUUGGCUGAUGAAAAAAAAAAGAAAUGGCAAUUGGCACAGCCUAGAUUCUGGGACUUGUGUCUCAUGCUAACUUAAACUCGUUGAAUUAUUUUGAGAUUUUUUUCUUUUUCACUGGGCUGAUACUUUUCCGUUUCAUGAUUGAUGAAAUGAGGUGGAGUCGAUGAACUGGUACCAUUUUAUUGGGUUGAACUAUGUAAUAUCAUAAUAAUUACUGGAUCAUUUGUGGUCGGCCUAAUUAUUCAUCCCUUUUCUUCUUUUUUUUAUCUAUUUCAGCUUUCAAACUUCGGAUACAUGGAAUGUGUACUGAGUCCAAGUUAGAACCAGCUGUCCAAUCAAAGGAAGAUGAGUCUCCGGCGAAGGAAUGGAAGAUCAAAAUGCUUUAUGAUGGGGAAUGCCCACUCUGCAUGCGUGAGGUAUAUAAUGUCGAUUAAAUCGACUUAGAAUUUUUAUUUUUAUUUUUUUAAUCACAAUAGAAUGCUAUCUUCGGUUUGACUUUUAAUUCCUAUAUUAAAGAUUACAUCCAAGACCAUUUUUUAUUUUUUUCUAAUUAGAAUUGGCUCAGUUUAUGCUUUUAAUUGACUUGAUCACAAAAUAUUUCUGAGAAUGCACUAAUUCUAGCAUUUAAAUAUGUGGGUUGACAUAUUUGAAUAAAAUUACAGGGUUUCUAAAAAGUAAAUGGGGGAGUUAUUGCUGAAGUUUUCUGCCCUUUAAUAUUUGACAUAGUUGACUUUUUUUUCCUGUGGAGGCGUAUAAACCUUUGUGUAUGCUUACUAUUUUCUCAGGUCGACAUGCUUAAGGAGAGGAAUGAGUCUUAUGGAGCAAUCAAGUUUGUGGACAUAAGCUCAGAAGACUACGCUCCAGAAGACAAUCAAGGACUUGACUACAGAACGGUAGGCAGUCCGUCAUGUGUGAUCUUGUCUUUACUCCAUAUAGCAUCAUUUUUUAUAUAUUUUAAAGCGAGGAAACUAACAAAUUAUGCUUUAAAAAUAAUGAGGAAGAAAAAUAUGUGAUCAUAUUGGUGUAUAAUCUUGUGCAUGCUUUCUAAACAAAGUUUGGAACUAAAUGUAGUCAUAAGGUGCUCCCUUAUCUUGUCUUUCCUCCUCUGAGAGACAUUUUUUUUAAUUUUUAAAGCCCGGAAAAUAUUAAAUGAUGCAUUAAUUAUUUUUUUUGAGGAAUUAAGAGCGCGAAUAUUUUGUUUCUUGAUCUUAGUGUGGAAAAUAGUAAACCGUGCGUUAAUCAUUUUCGAGAAAAUAAUAAUAUGAGCUUAUUUCUUCUUAUCAAAAGAGGAAAGUUUUGACUUUUCUAGUUUGUAAUAAUAAUUUGGCAUGACCGUCUACUAAUUAAAACUCUUUCUCAUUGGAAAUAAUGAUAAUAAAAAAACUCAUGUUGUGGUUUCAGAAAUGGGCCUGAUUCAUUUAUUGCUAGUUAAUUUUGAAUUGGGUAAUUGAAAAUUCUCAACAUGGUAAUCAAAAUUAUGUACUCCUUUAAUGAUGAAAUAUUUUCUACUAAUUCAUAUGACAUUUUUGGCUUCCAUGUAGGUUAUGGGGAGGAUCCAUGCGAUACUUUCCGACGGAACUGUGGUUACCGAUGUUGAAGUAUGUUCGAUCCAACCAUCUGAAUCUUUCCAACUCUUAUCAUUUUAUUUUAUCCAGAAAGGGAAAAAUAUAAUUUCCCUAAAAUAAAUUAAAUUGGAGAUAAAAAGAUUCGAAUGGUCGUAUAAUUUGUCAUCUCACAUUUGCUAUGUAUUAUUUUCCGUGCUUUUAUUCCCCUUUUCUGGUCCAUAUUGGUGAUCUCUGCCGCAUGGCAAACCCUGGCGCCUCCAUGUGGCAGCAAGCUCCACAACCCAGCCUACACGGCAAAGCUGACAUAAUUUCUGUAGAACAUUUUUUAUUUUUCUAAUUUUAGCUUCAGUGACUAUAAUCUCUCUCCUGAUCCCAGCCUCAAUACAGGAUUUGGUAGUUAUUAGAUAUUACUCAAAAUACCCAGAAAAUAGAGAAAUAUAUUAAAAUAUAUUUAUUGAUACCAUACGAAUAAUAUCAUUCUCAUAUGAUGAUCCAUGCAUUUUCUUUCUUCUAAUGAUUAUUUUUUCAGGCAUUCAGAAGAUUAUAUGAGGAAGUUGGCCUGGGAUGGGUGUAUGCUGUCACCAGAUAUGAGCCUGUGAGUCUCUACCCACCUUCUGUUGUCGAAAAAUAUUUUAUGUAUUUAUUUAUUCAGAAAAAUAUUAUUUAUUUAUUUGAUGAGGAUUAAGGAAAUGUUGAAGGGCUGAUGUUUGGUGGGUCAACCGGUUGACUUGUUCAGUUGCCAUUAACAGUUGAGAGUUUAUCGUCAAUGGUGAUAGUUUUGGUAUGAUGAUUGACCCUCAACGGAGCUUUGACUCACCCUUGGGGUGGUUGACCUCUCAGUGGGUGGUUGACCUCUCAACGGAGUUUUGGUAUUCUUGAGAAAUUCAACAGGGGACACUUGGUAGGGAGAAGUAAAUAUGGGCUUGGUUAGAGAGAGAGAGAGAAACGUGUACAGUACAGAAGGGGCAAAGAGGAAAUGCCCCCUCUCUCUCUGUUUCUCUCUCAUCUUGCGACCCAAGAUUAAGUUUUUCACAUCCAUCUAUUUCAACUUAUCUGCUCAGAAGCAAAAGUAGGCUUUCUUAGAGAGAGAAACGUGUACACUACAGAAGGGUCAAAGAGGAAAUGCCCUCCCUCUCUCUCUCUCUCUCUCUCUCUCUCUCUCUCUUUCUCUAAGCUUAUGACCCUAGAUUCAGUUUUUCACAUCUACUCUAAUAUCUGUUCACAGGUGUCGACAAUAGCUAAUGCUGUGUAUAGUGUUUGGGCCAAAUACCGCCUUCAGAUUACCGGUAAGCCUGCUAUUUAUCCAUAAUUAUAUUUAUACUUCAAUAUUCACGCAUUGGAGUCUAAGAAAAACCCACAAAUUAUUUAUUUAUUUAUUCAUUUAUUCAUUCAUUGAACUUUAUGGCCGUGGGAUUUGACUAUUUUGCCCCCUCAGGCCGGCCCCCGAUGGAGGAGAUCUUGCUGUCGAGAAAAGGGGACAAGGUUGGUCUUUUGAUCUGUGAUCCCGAUCUUGAUUUUCCGCAUCCAUCACCGUAGAUUCGGUGGACCCUAGACUGGCGUUGACUUUCCUUGACUUUCAGGCUCCGACGUGCAGCGACAACGGUGACAACGAGACCUGCAAGAUGUGA